CAUUGACGAGUGCAGGCGGAGACUGUGUCUUUGCGCGCAGCAUCACGGAUUUCUCAGAGCAUCAGACGUAGCCUAUUCUCUGCAUCACGUAGAAAACCGUAUAGAAUUAAGAUAACGUUUCGAAACCAGGGUCAAGUUAUUCAGAAUCGACCUUUUAGAAAGGACAUUUUGGCUGAAUUCCUUACACAUCGACCAAUUUCAGUCAGUUAUCUUCAUCCUCUUUAGGGACAAGAUGUUGGAUCCAUCGUCCAGCGAGGAGGAAUCGGAUGGGAUAGUGGAGGAGGAAAGCAAGGAGGUGAUGGCACCCCAGGCCGGAUCCCGCAUAUCUCCAAGCAGGACCAGCGAGAGCUCUGGCGGACUGGCGCCGAGCAGCAGUCGCAGCAGCGCCCGACCGACUAGUCCGAGUCCGUCGGCUGCCAGUGAGCACGAAAAACAGGAGGUGGAGAAUUUGCAAAGGGAGGAAGAGGAGCGUAAAAAGAAGCUCCAGCUUUAUGUCUUUGUAAUGCGGUGCGUCGCCUAUCCAUUCAAUGCAAAACAGCCCACUGACAUGGCACGGCGACAACAGAAGAUAACCAAGCAGCAACUGGAGCAGACCAAGGGCCGCUUCCAGGCCUUCCUCAAUGGGGACACUCAGAUUGUGGCUGAUGAGGCUUUCAUCAAUGCUGUUCAGAGCUACUACGAGGUGUUCCUCAAGAGUGACCGUGUGGCGAAGAUGGUCCAGAGUGGAGGCUUCUCAGCCAAUGACUGCAGGGAGGUCUUCAAGCGGCACAUCGAGAAGCGCGUCCGCAGCCUUCCCGAGAUCGACGGCCUGAGCAAGGAGACGGUGCUGAGCUCCUGGAUGGCCAAGUUUGACACCAUCUACCGUGGAGACGAGGACCCGCGCAAGGCGCAGCAGCGCAUGACGGCCAGCGCCGCCUCCGAGCUCAUCCUCAGCAAGGACCAGCUGUACGAGAUGUUCCAGAACAUUCUGGGCAUCAAGAAGUUUGAGCACCAGCUGCUUUACCAAGCCUGCCAGUUGGACAACCUGGAUGAGCAGGCUGCUCAGAUCAGACGAGAGUUGGACGGACGUCUUCAGAUGGCAGACCAGAUUGCCCGGGGUGGAAAGUUCCCCAAGUUUGUGUCCAAAGAGAUGGAAGCAAUGUACAUCGAAGAGCUCAAAUCAUCAGUGAACCAGCUGAUGGCCAACCUGGAGAGCAUGCCCGUGUCCAAGGGGGGAGACUUCAAACUGCAGAAGCUCAAGCGGGGCCACAACACGUCCAUCAUAGACAUGGGCCAGGAGGACGAGAACACACUGUCCAAGUCUGACGUGGUGCUCUCCUUCACCCUGGAGGUGGUCAUCAUGGAGGUGGUGGGCCUCAAGUCUCUGGCUCCUAACAGGAUUGUCUACUGCACGAUGGAGGUGGAGGGGGGAGAGAAACUCCAGACAGACCAGGCUGAGGCCUCCAAGCCCACCUGGGGGACCCAAGGGGACUUCACUACCACACACCCUCUCCCUGCUGUCAAGGUGAAACUGUUUACAGAGAGCACCGGAGUGCUGGCACUGGAGGACAAGGAGCUGGGCAGGGUUGUUCUUCACCCAACCCCUAACAGCCCCAAGCAGUCUGAGCUGCAUAAGAUGGCCUUGACCAAGGCCUGCCCUGACCAUGACCUGAAGAUCAAACUGGCCAUCCGCAUGGACAAACCCCAGAACAUGAAGCAUUCUGGGUACUUGUGGGCAUUUGGCAAAAAUGUGUGGAAGCGCUGGAAGAAGCGAUUCUUCGUACUGGUGCAGGUGAGCCAGUACACGUUUGCCAUGUGCAGCUACAGAGAGAAGAAAUCUGAGCCUCAGGAAUUGCUGCAGCUGGACGGCUACACUGUGGACUACACUGACCCACAGCCUGGCCUGGAUGGUGGCAGAUCUUUCUUCAACGCCGUGAAGGAGGGAGACACUGUCGUCUUCGCCAGCGACGACGAGCAGGACCGUAUCCUGUGGGUGCAGGCCAUGUACCGGGCCACAGGCCAGUCCCACAAACCCGUCCCCCCCACCCAGGUCCAGAAACUCAACUCCAAGGGGGGGGCCGCAGCUCAGAUGGAUGCUCCCAUUUCUCAGUUCUCUGGACUCAAGGAUGCAGACAGAGCUCAGAAACACGGCAUGGAUGAGUUUAUCUCCGCUAACCCCUGUAGCUUUGACCACGCCUCCCUGUUUGAGAUGGUGCAGCGCCUCACCCUGGACCACAGGCUCAAUGACACCUUCUGUUGCUUGGGAUGGUUCAGUCCAGGUCAGGUGUUUGUCCUGGAUGAGUACUGCGCCAGGAAUGGAGUGCGGGGGUGUCACAGACAUCUCUGUUACCUGCGCGAUCUGCUGGAGAGGGCGGAUAACGGGGCCAUGAUUGACCCCACCCUGCUUCACUACAGUUUCGCAUUUUGCGCCUCUCAUGUCCAUGGCAACAGGCCAGAUGGAUUGAGCACGGUCAAAGUCGAUGAAAAAGAGCGCUUUGAAGAAAUCAAAGAGCGGUUGCGAGUGAUCCUGGAAAACCAGAUCACACAUUUCAGAUACUGCUUCCCUUUUGGCCGUCCUGAGGGAGCACUGAAGGCUACCCUGUCUCUGCUGGAGAGGGUGCUGAUGAAGGACAUAGUAACCCCUGUCCCACAAGAGGAAGUUAAAGGGGUAAUCCGCAAAUGUCUGGAGCAGGCUGCUCAGCUUAACUACCAACGGAUCACAGAAUAUGCUAAGAUUGAAGGGAAAAAGAGGGAAAUGUAUGAGCACCCUGUCUUCUGCUUGGCGUCACAAGUGAUGGAUUUAACCAUCCAGAACGUAGGCCGCUUAGUCACGCCUGCCAAAAAACUGGAGGAAACUAUUCGCCUGGCGGAGUUAGUCAUAGAGGUCCUCCAGCAGAACCAGGAGCACCACGCUGAGGCGGCAGUCACAAGUUCUGGAGAUCAAUCGGCCUUCGCCUGGUGGACAGACCUCAUGGUGGAGCAUGCUGAGAACUUCCUGGCCAUGUACGCUGUAGACAUGGAUGCUGCCCUGGAGAUCCAGUCUCCUGAGAGCUGGGACAGCUUCCCUCUCUUCCAGCUGCUUAAUGACUUCCUACGAACUGACUAUCACCUGUGCAAUGGAAAGUUCCACAAACACCUGCAGGACCUGUAUGCUCCUCUGGUGGUUAGAUAUGUGGACCUGAUGGAGUCUUCCAUCGCACAGUCAAUUCACAGGGGCUUUGAGCGAGAGUCAUGGGAGCCUGUUAAGAGUUUAACAAGUAAUCUGCCCAAUGUGAAACUACCAAAUGUGAACCUCGAAAUUCCCAAAGUACCAAAUCUGCCAGUGCCAGUAGCAGGACUAUCAGUUAACCUUCCACAAAUGCCUAGCUUUUCCACCCCGUCAUGGAUGGCAGCUAUAUAUGACUCUGACAACGGUUCUGGGGCAUCAGAGGACAUGUUCUGGAAGCUGGAGGCCCUGCAGACCUUCAUCAGGGACCUCCACUGGCCCGAGGAGGAGUUCGCCAAGCACCUGGACAACCGCAUGAAGCUCAUGUCCAGUGACAUGAUUGAGAACUGCGUCAAACGCACCAGGAUGGCGUUUGAGUCCAGGCUGACCAAGAGCAGCAGGUCCACAGACUUCCGCAUCUCUCCAUCCAUCUGCACCAUGUAUAACGUGAUGGUGGACGCCAAGGACCAGUCAGCCAAGCUGUGCGCCAUGGAGAUGGGGCAGGAGAAACAGUACCAUGCUCAGAUAGAUGAACUGAUUGAGGAGACCGUGAAAGACAUGAUCUCCCUACUGGUUGCAAAGUUUGUGGUCAUUCUCGAGAGUGUGUUGGCUAAGAUUUCAAGAUAUGAUGAAGGAACUCUUUUCUCCUCUUUCCUUUCAUUCACGGUGAAAGCAGCAUCCAAGUAUGUGGAUGUCCCUAAGCCUGGGAUGGAUGUUGCCGACGGCUACGUGACCUUUGUGCGCCACUCUCAGGACAUGCUGCGUGAUAAGGUCAAUGAGGAGGUGUAUAUAGAAAGGUUAUUUGAUCAAUGGUACACUGCCACCAUGAACCUGCUGGGGACCUGGCUGACCGAGCGCAUGGAGCAGCAGCUUCACGUCUACCAGCUGAAGAUCCUCAUCAGGAUUGUGAAGAAAAAGUACCGUGACUUCCGCCUGCAGGGGGUGCUAGACUCCACCCUGAACAGCAAGAUGUAUGACACGGUGAGGAACCGGCUCACCCUGGAGGAGGCCACUGCGUCCGUGAGGGAGGGAGGUAUGCAGGGCAUCUCCAUGAAGGACAGCGAUGAGGAGGAUGAAGACGAUGACUAGAGCGCCUGCACUGACUCCAUCCCCUCGCUCCUCCCCCGUCUCCCUGUCACCCCCUCGCUCCUCCCCUGUCUCC